AUUGGUCUCAGCUUUUGAACCAAGUCCAUCCUUGCCCACAUCACAGGCAUCAUACUUGACCACGAUCUCAAUGACCUCUAUACUGUCUCCGCAAGCUGCUCAAGCGGACUCCACGCGAAUCACGCAUGCCCGCGUGGUGGCCCACACUGUCGAUAAAUCCAAACCUAAGGCCAGAGAAAACCAUUGGUCGAUCUACCUGCUUCAUCAAGACGGCAAAUCGUCCACUCGCAUCAACAUACGGGCUGAAAAUGGAAAGCAGACUGGGCUGCUAGAGUGGACCCAACAUGACUACACUAAAGCUACUUCUGCCGUCAUUUACUUGGAAUAUGAAGCUUUAGAAGGAGUCACGGUGUCAUCCGUCGCGCAUGUCAUCUAUCGACUUGGCCGCGACACACAUAUGAUGGCAGAGGGAGGUAGCCGGGCGUGGGUGUAUUAUAUCAUAGACGACCUCGCGCAGAACAGCUGUAUCAGCCCAUCUUCUCCCUACCAUCUUUGGCCUAAUCUCUCGUUUUUGUACCUCAGGGAUGAGUCGGACACGGAUCACCGCAAGUCCUCUUAA